AAAUGCAAUCUCUUGCACCCAGUGUAGCUAUAUGCAGGGGCAGACUGACCAUUUGAGCACUCGGGUGCUGCCCGAGGGCCCGGGGUCAGUAGGGGGCCCCAUGAAAUGCCCCUGGUUCCUUUUGAUAGGCUUUUUUUGGGUGUGCUUUGAGUGUGGGCAAGGACACAGGGGCCCCAUGAUCCCCUAUUGCCCGGGGGUCCCAUGAGUUGUCAGUCCGCCCCUGUUUGUAUUGUACUUGAUACCCUGAAUCCUGCUGCCUUGUUUCUACUUCCCCUUGUUCCUGAUCCCAGUUUUGAUUCCCCCUUCCUAUAUUUUUCCUGCACCUGCAAU